AUGGGAGUCCUUGGUGCUGUCGCAAAGCAUUUGGAUGCCCUUCUCGGGCCAGGAAUCAUGCUUGUUUUUCCACUGUAUGCAUCAUUGCGAGCCAUCGAAAGCCCUUCAACUCUUGAUGACCAACAAUGGCUAACCUACUGGAUAAUAUACUCUUUCAUAUCCUUAUUCGAGCUAUCAUCUUGGAGAGUCCUAGUUUGGCUUCCCUUCUGGCCAUACAUGAAGUUGAUGUUCUGCAUGUGGUUGGUAUUGCCCAUUUUCAAUGGAGCUGCAUAUAUCUAUGAGAACUUAGUGAGGAAGUAUGUAAUGAUUGGUGGCUCAGUGAAUGGGAAUUACCCAGAAGAUAGAAAGAAGAUUCUCCAGAUGAUGAGCCUUGAUGCAAGGAAAGCAGUGAUGCAAUUUGUUGAUAAAAAUGGAUGGGCUGCGGUUGAUAGAGCUAUAAACGCUGCUGAAAAAGAAGUAAGGAAGACCUAA